CGGAGGAGUUCGGCGCAGUCUUCCGCUGCAGGUCGCCGAGAGAGGAACGCUCAAGGCGCACACGGAAUCUGGAACUCAUCGCUCCUCUGGACCCACAACCACCAUCCAAAUUGUUUGCGUCAUUAUUAUCAUUUUUGGACAUUGAGGAACAUCUGAGAAGGAUCGUGGUGAAAAGGAAGCCCCGCCCACCCCGUCCCCCUUUGGAACCGGCCUGCCCCACUCCCACCCUCACCCCCGCGCCCCAGUGAUGCUAAGUCGCUGCAUCCCACUUGGCGGUUAAAGGAGCGGUCGUCACCAUGACAACGUCCAUGGCCGGCCUCCUCCUGCUGAGGCUCCUCCUCCUCAUAAUCCCGUCGACGGCGGUGGCAACGGUUCUUCCCAACGCUACGUCAGCGUUCUCGACGGUGUCGCUUUUCCAGCCGCUCAGCCAGCCCGAGUGCUCCAAGAAAGAACAUCCCAAAGUAUCCACGCAAGUGCUCAGUCCGUGGAUGUCCACGUUUUCAUGGGCCGGGGUACGAGAUUUCUCUCAGCUGACCCUUGACCUUGCCCGGAACGAACUCAUUGUGGGCGCCAGGAACUUCCUGUUCAGGUUGGACCUCAGCAACAUGUCAUUAAUCCAGGCGACGGACUGGGCGCCCGACGACGAGACCAGGAGGUCCUGUCAGAGCAAAGGCAAAACCGAGAUUGAGUGUCAGAACUAUAUCCGAGUGCUGCUGGUCAACAAGACCCAAGUCAUGACCUGUGGGACCAAUGCCUUCCAGCCCCUCUGCACAAUCAGAGAGGUGGGCAACCUGAGCAAAGUGUUGGAACGCGUGAACGGCGUGGCCCGCUGCCCGUACGACCCUCGCCACAACUCCACGGCCGUGCUGACGGAGCGCGGGGAACUCUACGCCGCCACCGUCAUCGACUUCUCCGGACGCGACCCCGUCAUCUACCGCAGCCUGGGCGGGAUGCCGCCGCUGCGUACCGCGCAGUACAACUCCAAGUGGCUUAACGAGCCGCAUUUCAUCUCCGCUUACGACAUGGGCCUGUUCACGUUGUUCUUCCUGCGGGAGAACGCGGUGGAGCACGACUGCGGCAAGACGGUGUACUCGCGGGUGGCGCGCGUCUGCAAGAACGACAUCGGCGGCCGCUUCCUGCUGGAGGACACGUGGACCACUUUCAUGAAAGCCCGCCUCAAUUGCUCGCGCUCGGGCGAGAUCCCCUUCUACUACAACCAGUUGCAGAGCACCUUCCACCUGCCCGAGCAGGACCUGAUCUACGCCAUCUUCACCACCAACGUCAACAGCAUCGCAGCCUCGGCCGUGUGCGCCUUCAACCUGAGCGCCAUCACGCGCGCCUUCAACGGGCCUUUCCGCUCCCAGGAGAAUCCCCGCUCCACCUGGAUGCCCACCCCCAACCCUAUCAGCAACUUCCAGUGCGGUACCAUCGAGGACGAAGGUCCAAACGAGGGUCUGACGGAGCGCAGCCUGCAAGACGCCCAGCGCCUCUUCUUGAUGAACGAAGUGGUGCAGCCCGAGUCAGUGGACCCGCUGGUCAUGCAGGAUGACGUGCGCUUCUCCCACCUGGCAGUGGACAUCGUGCAGGGAAUGGACACGCUCUACCACGUCAUGUACAUCGCCACCGAAUACGGCAGCAUCCUGAAGGCGCUGGCCACGUCCAACAAGAACCUGCAAGGCUGCUACCUGGAGGAGUUGGAGCUCCUCCCGUCCGGCGCGCGGCAACCAAUCCUGAGCCUGCAGAUCCUGCACAGCGACCGCUCGCUCUUUGUGGGCCUCAGCGACCGAGUGCUAAAGAUCCCCCUGGAGAGAUGUUCCACGUACCGCACUGAGACUCUGUGCUUGGAAGCUCGAGAUCCUUACUGCGGUUGGGACAUGCGUCAACGGCGCUGCACUACGCUGGAGGACAGCACCAACAUGAGUCAGUGGAAGCAGAACAUCACGGCGUGUCCGUUGCAGAACCAGACCAGGCACGGCGCUUUCGGAGACUGGACGGCGUGGCAGGCGUGCAGCAACGACGACGGUGUGGACGGCGUCAGCUCCUGUUUGUGCCGCUCCAGGUCAUGCGACAGCCCGGCUCCUCGCUGCGGGGGCAGGAAGUGCGAGGGAGCCACCAUCGAGGUGGCCAACUGUUCCAGAAACGGAGGCUGGACGCCCUGGUCGUCAUGGGGACAGUGCAGCACCAGCUGCGGCACGGGAUUCGAGCUGCGCCAGCGCUCCUGCAACAACCCGGCGCCGCGGCACGGAGGCCGCGUCUGCGUGGGGGCCGUUCGUGACGAGAGGUUCUGCAACGAGGGCGCCUCGUGUCCCCAGCCGGUCUUGUGGUCCCCGUGGGGCUCGUGGACCAAGUGCAGCAGCGAGUGCAGCGGAGGGGUGCACUCGCGGGUGCGGACCUGCGAAAACGGCAACAGCUGCCCGGGAUGCGCCCUGGUAAGCCAGCGCCAUUUCGCAACCAAAUCAGAAACGUGGAAACAUGACAAUUGUGACUUUAACCAGGAGUACAAGGCGUGUAACCUGGAGGCGUGUCCCGAGGUCAAGCGGAACACCCCUUGGACGCCGUGGAUGCCGGUCAACGUGACGCAGGGCGGCGCACGUCAGGAGCAGCGCACCCGCUACAUGUGCCGCGCUCGCCUGGCCGACCCGCAUCAGCUGCAGAUGGGACGACGGAAGCUGGAGACCAGAUUCUGCCCCAACGACGGCACCGCCGCCUGCGACACAGACGACUUAGUGGAAGACCUGCUUCGGACCCCGCCGGUCCGAGGGGCGAGCACCCCUGGCUGGUCUUCGUGGGACUCCUGGUCCGGGUGUUCGCAGAGCUGCUCCAAAGGCUACCGCACCCGACGGCGGUCCUGCGCCGGACCCGAGGGCAAGACCGCCCCCGUGGCCUGCAAGGGUUCCCCCGUCGAGUACCAGGACUGCAACGUCCAGGCUUGUCUCGUGAAGGGCGCGUGGUCGUGCUGGUCGUCGUGGUCGCAGUGCUCGGCGGCGUGCGGCGGCGGCCACUACCAGCGCACCCGAGCGUGCUCCAACCCGCCGCCGUCCGCCGGGGGAGACAUCUGCCUGGGGCUGCACACCGAGGAGGCGCUCUGCAACACGCACACGUGCGACGGUGGCUGGAUGGCCUGGUCGCUGUGGUCGGCUUGCGACGACUCGGGGGUGCAGACGAGGACCCGAGCGUGCGGCGCCACCGGGGGCGCCCCCUGCGUGGGCAACACCACCCAGCGUAGGGACUGCAAUGAAAUACCUGUCAUCCUUCCCGCAUCGGGCUUUGAUACGGACCAGCACUGCGGAGCGUUCACGUCCAUCCACCUGAUCGCCACCGGGGUGUCGUGCUUCCUGGGCGCCGGUCUCUUGUCCUUCCUGGUCUACGUGUACUGCCAACGCUUCCACAAGCCGUCGCAAGAGUCGGCCGUCAUCCACCCGACCACGCCCAACCACCUCAACUACAAGGGCAACGUCACGCCAAAGAACGAGAAGUACACGCCCAUGGAGUUCAAGACGCUGAACAAGAACAACCUCCUGCCGGACGAACGCUCCAACUUGUUCCCGACGUCGCUGCAGCAGGCCAACGUGUACACCACCACGUACUACCCGCCCGCCCUGGGAAAGUUCGACUAUCAGCCCAACGCCUCGCCCUCGCCCUGCCGGACCUACAACCACACCAACAACACCUGAGGCUCGUUGACUCCGCUCGGACCACCCCCCCCCCCAACGAACUAUCCCCACCCCCCCUGCCGUGACCGAAGGAGCCGGAACUUUCCGCCUGGAGAAAGAGGCUUUGCUUGACAAAAGUGGAAGGAACUUGGCGCCGGCCGGACUAAGCGAGGGACGGCGAAUUUCCAAACGUCCUGCUGAUGACUUGUCAAAAGACGUGCAAGGGGAUGAGGCCAGUGUAAAUAAUCCACCGGGAUAAAGACUCUCAACAGACCGUCCAACCGGAUCGCUCCGAAAUGAAAUAGCGCGGGGGGCCAUAUCAAAUAUGGCCGCCGUGCUGCGUUAGCGAGGGUUUGGGAUAAGCUAGUAGAUGACACUUGGUUUGUAACAUGAAUUGCGAUUGAUUGAAAUGCUUGAAAGUAGGGCUUCAAGACUGGGUUUAAGUUAAGAUUUAAGUUUUCAAUAAGCGUUGGGGUUUCGGGUUCACUUUUCAAAUCAGGGUUUUAAAGUUGAAUGUCAAAUCUAAGUGAAAGUUUCAAACCGGAGAGUUAAAAGUCAAAGAUGUCAAAUUUUGGGUUCCACGACAAAGUUAUGGUUUUAAAUGAAGGGUUCAGAGUUGGAGUUUUAUGGUGGGGUUUCAAGGAUUUCAAACUUCAACCCGAAUUUGAAACCUUAACCUUGGCUUGAAAGCCUAACCGAAGCUUCAAAACCUAACUCUAUCAUGAAGCCAGGCUUAAUUUGAAACCUGAGUGUUGAACUUGGCCCCUCCUCCUGACUUUUAGAACCCGAUUUAAGCUCACCCUUUGCAGCCCUACUCUAACUUUGUUUCAAGCUCUUUGGAAGCCAGUAGCAUAGAACCACUAACUCUUCUUCUUUGUUGGCAACAUUACAUUAUUUCAAUUGGGUUUCUUUUUUUUGGUGUAUGUGCGUACUUGUGAAUUGGGGAACUGGGAACAUUGGAGUGUGCGCACACUGUGGAUUUGUACUUGUGAACAAAAAUAACUAGACUUGUGUGUGUGUGUGUGGGGGGGGGGGGGGGGUCAUGUGUGCGUGUGUGUCUGUGUGUGUGUGUGUGGACAACAUACACACUGACGCUGUACUUCAUUCUAAUGCCACUACUGUGCUGCUGUGUGUGCGUGUCCAUCCAGUAAAUAGCCAGAUGAUGAUUGACAGCCUGUAAAAGUUUGUGUAUACAUUUGUGUACACGUAUGUAUAUUCGGUCUUGUUUUUAGGGAAGCCUUAUAGUCCGCACUCGCACGUAUGCACAAACUGACGUGUGUGGGCUGGUGUGUGUGUGUUUUCUAUGCAAGUUGUGGCGAGGGGCGUCUUGUCGUCCACACUGUGAAUCCUUUUGCUACUUUCUAUUUUUCUACCAGCAGCGGCGCAAAACUCAAUAAAAUUUCAAAAGGCCAAGCGUGGGCGCAACCACAAA